AGUGAUCACGUGUUGUCCACUAGGAUCCGCUGAAGUUGGAGAAAAGUUUGACAAGCCUGAAGACCCCGCAGAGAGGAAAAGAAGAGCUAAAACCCCCGGAAAAAGACAUAUUAUCGAUCAUUUUUCUUAUUAUUAUACACGAUGCAAAACGUCGCCCAGAAAGUUCUCGCUUCGGGAUUCAUGCUUGACUUGGGACCUCUGAAAGAACCGUUGGCAUUCAUACGUUUGCUAGAAUGGGUGUUCUCCAUAUUUGCCUUUGCUACGACUGGAGGUUACAGCGGCACCACCAGCAUCAACAUCCAGUGCCAUGGGAGUGUCAGUGAAGAAAUAAAAGCAGACUUUAACUACCCAUUCAGGUUGAUGCAGCAUCCCUAUAAAGUUCCUGACUGCAUAGUCAACCAAACCAAGACUACUGAGUACUUUCUGACUGGAGACCACGCAUCCUCUGCACAGUUUUACGUCUGUAUCGGAGUGUUUGCCUUCCUCUACGCCACUGCCUCACUAGUCCUCUACUUGGGCUACCAGCACAUGUAUAGAGACUCCAGUCGUGGCCCCACUGUGGACCUCUUGGUGACUGCCGCCUUUGCCUUCCUGUGGUUGGUAUCAUCCUCUGCCUGGGCGAAAGGCUUGUCUGAUGUAAAGUGGGCCACCAGUCCUGCAACCCUUGUAACUUUGAUUAAGGUUUGCAGUGGUGCCGGUAACAAGUGCACCCCGGGGGCAGUGCCUCACAUGGGCCGACUAAAUGCCUCUGUGAUUUUUGGUUUUCUUAACCUCAUCCUGUGGGGAGGCAACUGCUGGUUCAUCUACAAGGAAACUCCUUUCCACAAAUCAGCCAACCAGCCUGCCGACGUGGAGGGGGGCGUCCAGCCGUCGUAACCGCACCGUCAGCUUCCUCUUUUCAAACUUGUCCUACUUGUAGUGUUAAUAAAUGAGUCAUUUUGGUACUAAUUGUUGAGAAAAAUACUGUAGACAACAAGGCAUAUAUUUCCAAAACUUACUGUGCCUUUUUUGCUAAGUAAUUUUAUAUUUAGGGCUGUUUUAUUUCAAAAACAUUUAGGAGAGAAACAAAAUGUUAGUUGUUUAUAGGCAAAUCUAUACAGGAAAUUGUAGCAGCGAAUAUCACACUCAUAGAUUCUCAGUUUGUAUGUUUUAACAUAUUUAUACCCACGUUUCCAAAGCAAAGUAUUUCAAUUCAAAUGGUGCUGCAGAUGUGGCUUAAUUGGUGUUAAAUAAGAAUGAAGUAUCGCUUUAUCAACCGCCAAUAGUAUUUCUGUACCACAAAACUUUUCUACCUUCAAAAAAAAAAACCUCAGGGCUGUUAAGUGUAAAAAACAAAACAAAAAAUGGCUAAUUAAUAUAAUAUACUUGAAGUGCAUUUUGUAAACGCAAGUCUAGACACAAAAUCAAAUUUUAGUCCAAUCCUAAAAUGUAAAGAAGCCAUAAAAAUUGUAAAAAUAAAUUAAUAUUAAAUAGUUGUUCAUUGGAAAAUGAAUCCAGUUGCCAUUAUGAGAUUAUUUAUAAUCGGUGAACGCAGUUUUACUGCAUUUUUUUGGGCUGUGUAAUGCCUCGUCAUCUCACUGUGGAAGGUUAAAUUCAGUAUUUUAGCCCAACAGCUAAACAUUAUGUUGAAUGUAGCGGAUAUAUCUGUCUAAAGCAGGUUCACGCUUUAUGAAUAUGUUACGUUUAAAACUAUUACACUUAUUAGGGCAGAAUUUUUACACUUUUUCUCCUGGAUGUUUAGAAUGUUUUAAAUAAAAACUGCAGCAAGGUCCUACAGUCUCAAAGCCAACGUACUUUGAAUUUUAUAGCCUUAUCUAGUGCUCGGUAACAAUUGACUGAUGUCUAACCUGUUACAUAUUAACUGUUUUUCUUGCUUUGCUUCUACCUCCACUUUGUUACAAGACAAGCAAGCUGUUUUUUCUACUACUGCCAUUAUUAUAAUCAUUUCCUACUUUUUAAAUUGCCUUGCUUGAUCCACAGUUUCUAGUUUGUUUUGACCACUGUGUUGAUAAAAGUGUCACAUAGAUGAGACUGGAGUUCCUGUUACAGUUCAGGAAGAUACUGCAUGAACAUGAAAUGCUCUGCAUUAUUAAAAGGAAGAACUGAAAUUGUUACAA